GGGAGUACAUCAGAAAAACAUUACUAAAUUAUAUAGAAAUUUAUAAUUUUUAAACCCUAUUGGAAAUGUCUUUUAUGCAAGAUUCAAAUUAUUUUACGUUAAAUGGUUCAAAUAUAAAAAAAAUUGAAAACUUUAUAAUAAACACAGAAUCUUCUGACUCUAGUGAAGCAAUUUCUGAUCCUGAUGUUUUAAUUGUAAAUGCAGAAAAUGAUAUUGACAUAAAUGAAACUAAUUCAUUCGACGAAUUUGAUUUUUCUAAAACAACAGAAAAAAAAUUAGAAGAAAAACUUAAAGAGACUCAACAAGAAGAUAAUGAUGGAACAUUAAAUUUGAGUAUAAAACGAAAAUGGUGUGAAGCUGAAAAUGAUUGGGACUUAUGCAGUGAAGAAGAAAAAAUAGAAAAGAUAAAUAUUUUAAGCAAUAGAAUAAAAGUUAUUUCUACAAAUAACAAGUUACAAAUAAAUUUUUAUUGUGAAAAAUUUCCUUUUGGUUAUUUGAAUGAUGGUAUUUUUUAUAACCUAGAUAGAAUUCUUGAAAAGAGAAGUUGGUUUGAUCCUGCAAUUUAUACAAUUAUUCCAAUAAAUAAUUCUGAAACAAUUACUAGAAAUUUAAUGUGGAUAGAUGUGCCAUAUUUUUAUUCUAACAAUGAGUUUAAUAAUGAAACAUUUAAAAUAUUACAAUUAAAUUGUACAAAAUGGAUUUACCGAGAUUUAACGCUUUUAAUAGCAGAGGAUAAUGAUUUCAUUCAAGAUACAAUUGCUUACAAAUAUUGUAAAGAAGGUCUUACUGAAGACGAUAUAAUAGAACGAUUAAAAAGAUAUGUUGAUUCAUUAGAAUUCACUAAAAUUACAAAUUGGUUAAAAGAGAUAAAUGUAUUAUUUGAUGUUAAAAGUACUUUGUAUGAAAUAUUUUCAGUCUCUAAUUUUUAUGUCUUAGAUAAUUCUUAUACAUGUAUUAAAACAGAAAAGAAUAAAAAUGGCGAAGAUAUAAAAGUAAGAGGUAUAACUGGACUAGUUCUUUUAUAUUGUUCUCACACUAAAGAAGGAUUCAUUAAAAUUGAAGAUUUUGCAAAUAUGAAAUUAGCAACAGUUACAUCAAAUUGUGCUUAUGGUUUUUUUAUUAAAUUAUUAUAUAAAGAUUUAAAAGCACCUAUUUUUAUUUAUAAUACAUAUUCAAAUGAACGGGCAUAUUUAAAUUUUCAACAACCUUGGAGUAAUAUAUUAUUAGAAAGGAGUGAUAAUAUAAUAAAUUUAACUGGUUUAUUCACAUUUAAAACAGGAAGAGUUGAUAAAUAUUCUAAUUAUUGUAUAGAUAAAAAAAUUCAUGAUUCGUUCAAUUGUAGUAUUUGCAAUGGACUUAAUUUUUUAUUUCAUCUUGGAUGCAGCGAACAUAAAAAUUUAAAUUUUAAAGGUAAAAAAGAUAUAAAUAUUAAUUUUAAAUGUGAUUAUAAUAACUAUUUUCAUUCAACUUAUAAGGAAUUAUCACUUGGUAAAACAUUUUUAAGAGAGUGCAAAAUAAUUACAUAUAUUGAGUAUUAUGAUGAUGAAUUUAUUAAUAAUCAACGAAAAAAAAAUGACGGAAUUAUAUAUAUUUUAUGCGAUUGUAAUUUAAAAGUAGUUUAA